UCUCUCUCCUUUUGAAGUUUUCUUAGGAUGUGACAAGUUUUUUGUGGAACAAGUUCUUGUUCUGUGUAAAAUUCAAGGCCAUGGAUACGUUCAUCAAGUUUGAUCCAAUAUUUAUUUAUCCUACCAGUGGUCUUCAGUCUUAUUGUAACACUCUAAUAUUAUGGAUUCUGUUACUAUUGGAUACAUGAGAAAUUGAGAAUGCACAUAAAUCUAAUUAUCUCAUUUAAAUACAAUUAAAAGAACCCUAAGCUGCUGCGUAUAUAUUAUACAUGUCGUCAUAUCCACGUUUUCAGCGCCUCCCAUCCUUUCCAUAAUCAGAUAAUUAAAUACUACUCUCCAUUUUGUAUCUAUACAAUUAAAUCAAAACUAGAUUUUGACACGCGCUUGAAAAGCGCGGAUUUAUUUUUCAAAUCAAAUAUUUAUUUUUUAAAAUCAAAUAUUUAUUUUUUGAAAUUAAAUAAAUUAUUUUAAAAUAAAUUUCUAUAUAAAGAGUGUACAUGUCUGAUACGACACCAAAAUUUAACUAUAUUUCAUAAAUAACCGAGAAGAUCAUUUUUCUUUAUAACCAAAAACUGAAACCGAACCUAAAACCAAAUGGGUACCUGAAUUUUUGAAAUACAGAUAUAUACCCAGAAAAAAUAAUUAAUUUAAUUUCUAAUUACAUUUACUUUGCUACUAAACAAUACCAAAAUCCGAAAUAACCUAACUGAAAUCAAACUAAUCUUUGUAAAUACAUGAACGGUUUCAAAAUUUCUAGAAACAAAAAACCAAAAUACCCUAACAAAAAUUGAAUAUUGAGGACUAAUAAUGCAUCUACAUUUAAACGGUGCGAAGAAAGUUUUUUUUUUCAAAUUAUUUAACUCUUUUUAGUAGGAUUACAUAUGUAGUUUAUAUACGAAUUAAAAUAUAAUCAAUGUUUCAUAUCCAAUCCAGAUCUAUGGUCACGAACCGGAAAACCCGUUAGCUAUAUAUAAAUUAUAGAAUGACUUAUUUCAUUCAUGUAGCAUUCUGUCAGAUGUUCUACCAACUGAUAUGUUUCUAUAAAAAUUGGAUUUAAUGAAAACUUAUUAAUUAAAAUCAGAUAAACCCUAAAAAUCCACCACUAACUCAUGAACAUACACUGGUUAUCUCACUAAAAACCCAGAAAUUUGAUAUGUUUUUAAAAGAAAAUUAAUUAAACUUCUUAUAUACUUUAUAUAAGUAAAUGCAUUGUAUUUAUGUUAUGUAUUUUAAUAUCAAUACUAUUACGGUCUUAAUGUAGAUAUUUUUUUUUUGUUUAAAUGUGUACAAUGAGUCUAGGUUUACUAAUAAAAUUAAAUUCGUGAUUGCUGGAAAGAUUUUCAAUAGUCAUGUUUUGGUUUUAUAAUUUAUCAUUCAUAUUCUUGUAUUGGGAUUAAUAAGGGACGUGAUGGUAAGAAGUGUUUUAAUAUAUUUGAACUAAGAAUUAUCCGGUGAUGGUAAGAAGUGUUUUAAUAUAUUUGAACUAAUUAGAAUUAUCCGGGCUGUAUCAAAUGAUGUUGAGUUUAAAUGAGAUUAUUUAAAUUAGAUAGACUAUAGAACAGUUAGAGAAAUAUAGGGUAAGACUAAAAUAUUGUUAGUUAAUGAUAGGGUGCAACAACCUUAAAUAAGUAGAUUUUUCAAUACUGCUUCCCUUUUAAUAGAAUAGAUCCUUCUUAUGAUUAUACCCCUGACUUUUUCAAUUAAUUACAAAAUUUUCCAUUAAUUUUUUUAGUGACUUUUCCAAUAAUAAACCUGAUUUUGUUGGUCAAAACAAUAAAUUAGAUUUGUAAGGACAGUGGGCUUGGACCUAUUAAAAUAAAAUAAAAUAUAUGUAUGCUUUGCUUUCUGGUUGAAUUGAUUUUUGCGAUCUAACUUGAUCAUUUUUGUUUGUGAUUUUAAAAUCAAAUAAUAGUGCGUCUCAUUUUAAUUCUUUUCAGAAAAUUAAGAUAUUUGAAAAUAUUAAAUAUCGAUAUUAUAAUUUUUUCAUAAUAUAAACAUUACAGAUUAUAUUUUUUAUAAAAACUAUAACCUUUUUCUGAAUAUAGUAACUUUAUGUUAUUAAAAUUAUUUGUUAUUCUUUGCUAUAUUAUUUAUACCUUAAAUAAAUAGAUAUGUAAAUAAAAUAAUUUUCUAAUAUUUCUCCUAUUUUAUUAUAUUGGUGAUUCACAAUAUGAAGUUUUUUUUUAUUUUACCUCAAUUAUUUGAAAUGAUUUAAAACAGAAAGUACCCAGAACCGAAAAAUUCGAAAUUUUUAUAUAUCCAUACCACACAAAAUAUCAAUAUAUUUAAUCACUUUAACCAAAACUCAACUUCAUAUAUAACCAGAAUUGUUCAUAUAUUUCUAAACCAAAAACCACAACCAAACUGAAAUCGAAAACCAAUAAAAGCAAAUUAGAAUCGAACGAAAACCAAAAAUAUUUAUAACGAAAUAAAUUAGUUAACAAACAGUUAUAUCAACAAAUUUGUCAACAAAUAUAUUCCUGCGCUUUGAAAGCGCGGGUCAAAAUCUAGUAUUUUUAUAAAGUUGGCAUUUUUAUAUGCUAAUUUCUUUUUAAAAUACUGUUUACAUAUUUUCUUAUAUUAGUUUAAUUAUUUUAUUGAUAUUUAGUAAGAAAUACAUGACACAUGUUUAAUUUAACUACAUUUUAAACUUUCAGUAAGAAAUCAUCUAAUGAAACAUCAGGACGAUUCAAAAUAUUCGACAUGUACCCUUAAAAAAAUUACUGUUCGUAAGAAAUGAAAAACCAAAACUUGAUCACUACAUUUUAUUUUUUCCUAUUAGUCAAUAAAUUUUAGAUACAAUGUAACUAAUUUUAUUUAAAUAUUUCUUUCCUUAAUAAUUUUUUUUGUAUCAACUAUUUUCUAUUAAAUACUAAUUUCCUAAUUAUGUAUUUUUAAUUUCUUUAUUAAAUACUAUUAGUUUUUGUGUUUUAUAUAUGAAUUUAAAUUUCCAUUAACGUUUAAAAAAUACCCGACAUGUGUUUACUUUACUUUGACUACUUAUUAAAAGUUUUAGUAAAAAAUAGAUGUCUCAUCUACAUAUACUUAUGAAACGUCGUGAAUCUAAGUAUAUAAAUCGUCGAAGUUUUAUUUUCUCAGUAAAUCACAUUUUAUUUUUUAUAUCAACUAUUUUUUUAUUAAAUACUAAUUUUCUAUUUUUUGUUUUAAAUUUCUAUAGUAAAUACUAUUUACAUUUUUGUUUUCUUUGUAAAUUUAAAUACCCAUUAAUGUUUAAAAAUAUACACGACGCGUGCUUACUUUAUUUUGACUAAUUAUUAAAAAAUUAGUAAAAAUUAGAUAUGCAAUAUAUAUAUACUUAUGAACCGUCGUGAAUCUUACUUGAGAAGAAAAAAAAAUCAAUCGAAGCUUUGCAUCUUCUCAAGAAAUGAGGAACCACAACUACAACUCCUUGAACAACGUGAACGCACCUGGAAAUGAUGCAUGGUCUGAUUCGGAUCGUGGCUCAAGUUCUUUCCGGACGCGAAGCCCAGGUGCUGUUCUGCCUCUCUCCGCUUCAUUUGGGAGAAUGACUACUCUAGUCCCGUUCCCCGACCUUAAUCUCAUGCCGGAUUCCCCACCCCCCGAAACCUCCUCCAACACAAGAAUCACCGCCGUACGGUCAUUGGCUCCGACACUAGGUGUUGAGAGAAACUCCCUCGCGAUCUUCCCCGUACCGGGUCACGAAAACCACCAUGCUCGGGUGGUUCAAACACUCCACCAAGACAACCAGGAACUUGCCCGGUAUGUCUUCAAACGGACUCGAAUGAUCUACGACUCUCUCCUGCUUCAGCUCACUGUGGAGUACGGACCUAAUCCCAAGCCAGCCGUCAAUGUCAGGGCUUCGAAACUGAUGGAAGAACGUGGGUUGUGGCUGAACAAGGGCCAACACUUGGUAGGUCCAGUCCCCGGGGUUGAGAUCGGGGACAUAUUCUUUUACCGCAAGGAGCUUUGCAUGUACGGCUUACACCGCCAUUCACAAGCCGGGAUUGAAUACACAAAGGCUAGGCUAAGCUCCUUUGGCGUGCCUAUAGCAACCAGCAUCAUCGCAUCGGGUGGCUACGAGGACAAUGAGGACAGAGGAGAUGUACUGGUUUAUUCGGGCCAGGGUGGUCGGGACAAAUCCGGGCAGCAACGUCAGCACCAGAAGCUAGUACGUGGGAAUCUUGCUAUGGUACAAAGCAUGCAACUCGGUGUCCCGGUACGCGUCAUUCGCGGGUUUCACUACAAAAACGAAGUCAGCUCGAAUGUGUUCAUCUACGACGGCCUGUACAGGAUCGUAAAGUCCAGCCGUGUUAGAAAGUCAGGGUUUGAUAUCUUCAAGUUUACACUUGUUAGAAUCCAAGGACAGCCCGAGAUGGGCAGUGCAAGACUGAUGCGUGCGCUAACACUUAGAAACACACCAUUGGCUUGGAUGCCUGCUGGGUAUAUAAGCUUUAACCUUUAUGGUAAAAACGAGGGUGUCCCGGUGUAUCUGUAUAACGACAUUGACUAUGACCGCUCACCGCUGAACUAUGGCUACAUCUCGCAAUCUGACAUUAGUAGUGUGAUUCUUGCUCAAGGAGGGAACAACGGUGGAUGCGAUUGUAACCUCUCAUGCACUGAUGAUUGUAUAUGCGUGAGGAAGAAUGGUGGUGAGCUUCCUUACAGCCCUUAUGGAUCUUUGUUGAGAGGGAAACACGUUAUUUUCGAAUGCGGGGUUACUUGCAAGUGCACUUCUGGUUGCACGAACCGUGUCGCGCAAAGGGGGUUGAUGAAGAAGAUGGAAGUUUUCCGAACCAGGGAAGCUGGUUGGGGUGUUAGGUCGCUGGAUUUGAUUCACGCGGGCGAGUUUAUCUGUGAGUAUGCUGGUACUGUGGUCACAAAAGAGCUAGGGGAGAUUAUGUCGAUGAACGGGGAUGGUCUGGUCUAUCCGGGACGGUUUGCUGCAAACUGGAAGUUGUGGGGUGAUUUAUCUGAUGUUUACCCGGGUAAUGUCCCGCCGAGUUAUCCUACUAUUCCGCCAGUUGAUUAUGCAAUUGACGUGUCGAGGGUGAGAAGCGUGGCUGCUUUCAUUCGUCACAGCAGAGAACCAAAUGUGAUGGCUCAGUUUGUGUUCCAUGACCAUAACAACUUGAAGUUUCCUCGCGUCAUGCUUUUUGCACUGGAGAACAUCUCACCGUUAACCGAGCUAAGCCUGGACUAUGUGGUGGUCGAUGAAGUGGACGAGAGACUCGCCAUCCGUGGCUGAGUAGUUUCCAAAGCUUGUUUCUGUAUUUUUCUUUUCUUUUUUUUUUUGUUGUGUCUUACAAACUUUUGAAUUUGUUUCUCCAGAUUUUCCUUUAUCUUUCUGCAAGUUAAUGUGUCAUAUUAUUUUUUGUAUUAUCUCAUCUGAUCUGAUAUUUUUGAGAGUAUUAUUAUU